AUGAGCGAAAUUCUUUUAUCCAAUUCAGCAGCUACCAAUCAUUACGAUUACUCCAAUGGAUCCAUGAUGGUCAAUAUCAACCCUGGAUUAGUCCAAAAGACCAAUUCAAGCAGUAACAAUGCAUCCACAUCUCCUGUAACAUCAUUUGAGGACAACUCACAUCAUCAAUAUACUUCUUAUCCAGCUUAUGCUUUUCAACCAAUGCCCAUGGGAUUUCCCCCUGUGCCAAACUACCAUCAACAUCCAAUGUCUCGCUUAGGUUAUUUUAAUGAUCCAUCCACCACUGCCGCUGCCGCUGUAGCUGCUGCCAUUAGACAGCCUAAUAGUCCUGAAUCCAUCUCAUCAUCAUCGCCUCCAACGCCAUCUCCUCCUCCCCCUUCAACCAUCAACAGUAAUACUAUGGCAUUUAACAAUGGCCAAGUAUUAACUACACAAUCCGUUGAUACGGAGCUGAUCAAUCCUCUUGUGCCAUCAUCAUCUACUUCUACUUCUUCAUCAGCAUCCACGAACGACAAUAAACCAGCCGUCGUCGCCGCCACCGCUAUGAGUAACAACGCUGCAAGUGCAACAACAAACAGCAAUGGUAGAUUCAACAACCCAACUACUGCUCGUGUCAAGGAAAUGAUUACUCGCGCCAAUUCUGUGCCUAUGGAAUUCUACCACACCGAGUUUUUAGAGUAUUCAAAGGAAACGUAUGAAAAGAAGAUGGAAAACAAACGUAACAAGCGCAAGAGACCUGCCUGUCCUCAACAACAACAAGAUGAUAUGCUGUUACCACAAGAAGAAAAGCAUCAAAACAAGAAGAAAAAGACCAAUACAAUGCAAGAGUUGCAAGAAGAUUUUGAAGAAGAGCUUGAUGAAGAAGACAACGAGUACAAAUCUGAUGACCUCAAUGGCAAUGUAUCUAAUGCCGAGAUCCGUCGUCAAAUUCACAUCCAGUCAGAGCAAAAGAGACGUGCUCAAAUUAAGGAUGGCUUUGAUGAAUUGAGAAAGCACUUGCCCGGUUGCAACAACAAAAAGAUGAGCAAGGCUGCCUUGUUGACUCGCACUGUUCAACAACUUCAACAUUUGAAGGGCAUGCAAAAUGAGCUUUUGUCUGAAGUUGAGAGACUUUUACAAGAAAAUGAAUCAUUGAAAAAGUUUCAACAUGGAGUCCUUCAACGCCAAGCCAUGGAAAAGAUGUAUACCUUUUAA